UUGUUAAAGAAUUGAAUGAGAAAUUUAAAAGAAACAUUAAAUUUGUUCUUCCCAUCGAUCUAGUUUUGAUAGUCGCUACCUCCGUUGGUUGCUACUAUGCUGAUAUGGAAUACGCCUAUGGGCUAGAAGUUGUGGGACAUAUUCCUGAAGGGAUACCAUCACCAAAAGCACCGCCCAUGAGUGUCCUGCCUGAAGUAGCCACUGAAGCUUUUGGAGUAGCACUGGUUGGUUACGCAGCAUCUCUCUCUCUAGCCCAAGGCUCUGCUAAAAAGUUUAAGUACACUGUAGAUGACAACCAGGAGCUUUUGGCUCAUGGCCUCAGCAACGUGAUUCCUUCAUUUUUCUUUUGCAUACCAAGUGCUGCAGCAAUGGGACGUACAGCACUUUUAUAUAGUACAGGCGCCAGAACACAGGUGGCUUGCCUUAUCUCUUGUGCAUUAAUUCUUGUAGUGAUCUAUGUAGUCGGACCCAUGCUAUAUUGGAUGCCUAUGUGUGUUCUAGCAAGCAUCAUUGUUGUGGGCUUGAAGGGGAUGCUGAUGCAGUUCCGUGACUUGAAAAAGUAUUGGAAUGUGGAUAAAAUAGACUGGAGCAUAUGGGUUAGUACCUAUGUGUUUACCAUAUGUUUUGCUGCUAACGUGGGACUGUUGUAUGGAGUUGUCUGCACAGUAGUAAUCGUGGUUUGCCGGUUUUCCAGAUCAAAGACACUGAAUUUGAAAAAUAUGAAAGAGAUGGAUUAUAAAUACAAAACAGAAGACAACUGUGAAUCAUUGAAACAGGUACAGAUAAUUUCAGUCAACAACCCAUUAGUGUUUCUGAACGCCAGAAAAUUUCAUGCAGACUUGAUAAAAAUAAUCCAGAAAGACAGCACAAGCACCCGGGCAUAUGAAGAUGUAAACAAGUGUGAGCAGAAUGCAUUGCUCUGUUCUCUUCCCAAUGGAAGUUGUUGUGGUGAGUCCUUGUCGCAGCCAUGCCACAGGGAGCGACGUGCUUUGAUACUAGACUGCAGUGGACUGAAUUUCUUCGACUCUACUGGAGUCUCAAUGUUGCUUCAGAUUUACAUGGAUUGCAAAAGCAGACACACUGAUGUGGUGCUAGCACACUGCAAAGCUUCCUUGAUAAAAGCUAUGCAGUACGGAGCAAACCUGGAAUCUGAAAAUCCCAUCUUCUUUGAAUCUGUUUCUUCUGCAAUCACUGCCAUUCAAAUUAACAGGAAUUACAGCAAAUUCAGUGAACAAAGUGAAGUGUAA